AACAACACUCGGAGAUUUAAGACAUAAAAAUUAAAAGUCUCAAAAUAAAAAGUAACAUAAAAAACGAAAUUAAAACCAACAAAAAAUAUAUAAAUAACGACCACGAAACCCAUAAACGCCGACAACCAAAGAAACCCAAAAUGAACAAAUUCAUUUACUUUUCACUGAUCUUUGCCACUAUUUGCACCAUUGUUGUUGCGGCGCCCUAUCAAGAGCUACCACCCAGAAAGGGGCAUGUUCCCGUCUAUAUUAGAGUUGGCGAUCAACCUCUGUCGGAAGUUAAUCCAAAAUUGAUUGAAGCUUUCCAUGAAGAUGAAUCACCUAAAGCUGCACUUGAGGACAAAACACCAGAAGUCGUGGUGCCCGAAACACACGAAGAGGCAGCGGCCGAGGCAACAGAGAACAAAGAUGAGAUCACAAAUGCGGAUGAGGUCAAUGAGGUAGACGAAGCUACAGCAUCUGACAUUGCAGAAUUCGAUGUGAAACCAGAAAACCAAGACGAACCAGCCAAAGAAGAGGAGAUCAAGAACGAAAGCGCAGAAAACAAAGAUGAAUAAUAUACUAUAAUUAACAUAUUUAAACAAAUAUUCGAAUAAAAGUAUUUAUAAAUUAUUUUCUACAAAAAAAAUCUCCUCACCUUGCCUAAGAACCAUUUGUUUUACAAAUUAUUGUUUUAAACAAUUUCAAAGUAAUUAAAAUUAUUUUUCUUA